CCAAUCGCACGAGGGGGAGGAGAUUUCCCUGUAGACGAGUAAAAAGGGUGAUGGACAAACGUGCAGGCACUAAGACCGCAAGGCAUUCAUUUCCUCCUACGGUGCAUGCGGACGCCGGCAGGAGGAGAGCCCCAGAGAGAGGAGCUGGGAGCGGAGGCGCAGGCAAUGCUCAACCCUGGAUGUAGCUGAGAGGCUGGGAGAGAGACCGACCGCCGGAGACCCAGCGGCGAGGGGAAGACCUAGGGGGGUGGGUGGGGGAAGCAGACAGGAGAGCACUCGAAAUCAAGCGCUUUACAGAUUAUUUUAUUUUGUGUAGAGAACACGUAGCGACUCCGAAGAUCAGCCCCAAUGAACAUGUCAGUGUUGACUUUACAAGAAUAUGAAUUCGAAAAGCAGUUCAACGAGAACGAAGCCAUCCAAUGGAUGCAGGAAAACUGGAAAAAAUCGUUCCUGUUUUCUGCUCUGUAUGCUGCCUUUAUAUUUGGUGGUCGACACCUCAUGAACAAACGGGCGAAGUUUGAACUGAGGAAGCCGUUAGUGCUCUGGUCUCUGACACUCGCAGUCUUCAGUAUAUUUGGUGCUCUUCGAACUGGUGCUUAUAUGGUGUACAUUUUGAUGACCAAAGGCCUGAAGCAGUCAGUUUGUGACCAGAGUUUUUACAUUGGACCUGUCAGCAAAUUCUGGGCUUAUGCAUUUGUGCUAAGCAAAGCACCGGAACUAGGAGAUACGAUAUUCAUCAUUCUGAGGAAGCAGAAGCUGAUCUUCCUGCACUGGUAUCACCACAUCACUGUGCUCCUGUACUCCUGGUACUCCUACAAAGACAUGGUUGCCGGAGGAGGCUGGUUCAUGACUAUGAACUAUGGCGUGCACGCCGUCAUGUACUCCUACUAUGCCUUGCGAGCCGCGGGGUUCCGAGUCUCCCGGAAGUUUGCCAUGUUCAUCACCUUGUCGCAGAUCACGCAGAUGCUGAUGGGCUGUGUCAUUAACUACCUGGUCUUCUCCUGGAUGCAGCAUGAGCAGUGUCACUCUCACUUUCACAACAUCUUCUGGUCCUCGCUCAUGUACCUCAGCUACCUUGUGCUCUUCUGCCAUUUCUUCUUUGAGGCCUACAUCGGCAAGAUGAGGAAAACAGCCAAGGCUGAGUAGUGUCGGGACUGAGGAGGAAGCCAUAGCUCAGGGUCAUCAAGAAAAAUAACAGACAAAAGAAAAUGGCACAAGGAAUCACAUAUGGUGCAGCUAAAACAAAACAAAACAUAAGGAGCAAACACAAACCCAAGGCAGCUUAGGGAUAAUUAGGUUGACUGAACCCAGUAAGUUUAUGACCCUUUAGGGUGAGGACUCACUGUGCGCACCUCCAUCUCAAAGCACCUGCUGGGAGACACACCCCCUUCUUUAUCUGUCAACUCUAUGACAAAGGAGAGCAAACAGGAGCCAGAGGCAGAGAGACACUAGUAGAAGGCAAGCAAAGGCUAUUCUUAGCAACUUGAUAUGAAAAGAUAGCUUUACUAAGUGUUAUAGUUCUCUAAGGAUGGAAGAAUUUUACUUUAGAAACUGUGCGAGCACACACACAGACACACACACAAUCCUUUCUAAUUUUCAAUCAACACCAACCUGGAGCCAAUAGAAAAGAUGAAAAUGGAAGAGACACAGAGAGUGUAUCUAGAAUGAUAAUGCUUUUGUAGAAAUUAAGGCCUUUUUAAGAAAGGUUAGUCAUGGUAGCCCCAUGAGAAAAAGAUGUCUUAAUCAUCUUAAUCCUUUAUAAAAACAGAUGUAAACAAUUAUAUUUCCGCUUUAAAAAAAAAAAAAGACUUCACUGCAUAGCUUCAGGCUAGUGAGUUUGCCAAAACCACAAGGGGCGCAAUACCGUCCCAAAGCUCUUCCUGGGAGGAUGGAAACAGGGCAGCCCAGGUCCCGGAGGGGCAGCUCCAUCCCAGAGCAUUUCUGAUAGUUGAGCUAUGCUUUCUACUCUUAAACAAGAUAGGAAGGAAUGUCCUUUUGUUCAGUGGCCCCAGGCUUUUGAACAGAGGAGUAAAUGCAGAAUCGAAAAGAUAAAAACUUAUCCAAAUGAUUGGAAAAUGGAUUCUGUACUAUCUGAACAAAGACCCAGCCCAGUACCACCCCUGAGCUGGGGGAGGGAGAGAAACAGUGGGGAAAGGUGAGCCACACAUUAAGUCCAUAACCAAUAUACAAACCCCUCCCUAUUUGACUUCACAAAUACUCCUAAUUUUCCAAAUGAAACCCUGUGGGACAGUAUAUUUUCUAUAUUUUUGUGAAUUUCAAAAAGAAAUCUGCAGGGCUCUUCUUGAUACUGGGUUAACACUGUGUUUCCGCAUCAUCUGCGUUUGCUCCCCAAGCAAUGUGGAGGUGUUCAAAGCGCCCUCUGCUGGCUGAGUGGAGAUACUUCAACAAACACGCUUCAUGGCAAGUUUGGCUGAGAGUUGACAACAAAGGGCCCCGGAUAGACUUAACACACCCCUCCCCACCCAAAUUUUAAAUGACAUAAAAUACUUGUCAUACUUUAGCCAAAUCAGAAGAUAUCCAUCCUGCUUCAAGUCAGCUUCAGAAAUUUUUUAAAAGGGACUUUAGCUCUGGAACUCAAAAAUCAAUUUAUUAAGAGCCAUAUUCUUUUAAAAAACAAAAAGCUAGGUAAUAUCAUCUGUAAUAUUUCAGUCCUUUAUAAGCCAAAUAAAUGUGUCAAUGUUCCUAGUAUUUCAAAGAAGCAACUGUAAAGUUGUUCAAUGUGACAUGAUAGUAUUAUAAUUGGUUAAGUAGCUUAAUGAUAAAUUGGGUGAAAGAUUAGGGGCUAUCACCCUGCAUAGAUGACACACACUUCACCACACUUACACGCACACAAAUGUGGGGAACACUGAACUUCAGAUCCCAAAUAAAGAGAAACAUUUUCUGGCUAGCAGAAAAAGAAACCAUGGUUUAUCUUUCUUGCUUUAUUUGAAAGUGUACAGUAAAAGGGAUUUUUUGAAUUAUUUUUAUAUUGUUUUAGCUUUAAUUGUGCUGUCAUUCAUGAAACAGAGCUGCUCUGCUUUUCUGUCAGAGAUGGCAAGGGCUUUUUCAUCAUUUCGUUUAUGUGUGGAAUUUAAAAAGAAUAAAGUUUUAUUCCAUUCUGUGUGAA